UCAAUGGUUGGGGUUUGACGAUCGACGGGGGAUGCAUCGACCCGCUGCCAUGCUAUUUGUGGCUGCACUCGGGACAAGCCCAAACGAAGUACGUAAAUGUUGGGUGGGGAGCUUAUUUUGACACCAACGCCAUUAGAGAGCAGCUCAUGACUCUGGUUGCUCCCCUGCGACCUCGCCCAUUAUUACCUCCCAGUGCCCCAUCCACUCGCCUGCUCUGUUGCGUCUGUUCUCACUCUUUCCCUAUCUCUCUCUCUGCUGUAGAAGCCUUUUUUUCCAGACGAAUUUGUCGAUUAGUUCAUUUUUGAGGGAGUGUGUCGCGGCUUGUGCUGCUUGAACUGGCAUCAAAAUUUGUGGGUUUGCGAGUGGGUGGGUAAUAGGCAGCACAGUUGGCUGAUUGCUGUACAUCAUUACAAUUAGACAAAGUGCAGAAUAAGAAGAAGAAGAAGGAGGAGGAGAAGACGAAGACGACGAAGAUCUCUUCUUGCUUCAUUCCUUUGUGAGGUGAAGAGAAAAGCAGGCUCCAAAAAAGCAUCUUCGUCAGGAGUCGAAAGAAGUGGUCUAAUUUGAGAUUAAGGGUCUCUCUGGAAGAGGCUGUAGGGUGGUGGAGAAGGGCGAAGUCCCACCAUGGUGGCCCUCGAGGUGGUACGGCCGGCAUCGGCCGUGAACGAGCUUCAUAAACCCAUGGAGAAGAAGAAAGCUGUGAAUGUCUCUCCUGUGGAAGAGUAUUGCAGCGCUCUAGGAGGCACGGACCCAAUACGUAGCAUUCUGAUUGCGAACAAUGGCAUGGCGGCUGUUAAGUUCAUGCGGAGCGUGCGCUCGUGGGCGUACGAAAGCUUCGGAGUCGAGAGAGCCGUGCUGCUGGUGGCUAUGGCAACACCUGAAGACAUGCGCAUCAAUGCGGAGCACAUCCGCAUGGCUGAUCAGUUCGUGGAAGUUCCCGGCGGCACCAACAACAACAACUAUGCCAACGUACAAUUGAUUGUGGAGAUUGCAGAGAGAACCGGGGUGCAAGCCGUAUGGCCUGGAUGGGGUCACGCAUCUGAAAACCCCGAGCUCCCAGACUCCCUCUUGGCGCGAGGCAUUCUGUUCCUGGGUCCUCCAGCGGGGCCAAUGAGUGCGCUUGGCGAUAAAAUUGGGUCUUCGCUCAUUGCGCAGGCAGCUGGUGUGCCCACACUUCCGUGGAGCGGCUCUAAUGUAAAUGUGCCCUUCGAUGUCUGCCAAGGCAACAUUCCAGACGAUUUGUAUAAAAAGGCGUGCGUGUCUACCACCGAAGAAGCCUUAAUUUCGUGCCAAGAAGUUGGGUACCCGGCUAUGAUCAAGGCCUCCUGGGGAGGUGGUGGGAAAGGUAUCCGUAAGGUGCAUAACGAUGAAGAAGUGAAGGCAUUGUUCAAGCAAGUACAGGGGGAAGUGCCAGGCUCGCCAAUCUUCAUCAUGAAGGUUGCUUCACAGAGUCGACAUCUCGAGGUUCAGCUGCUCUGUGAUAAGUAUGGAAAUGUAGCAGCUCUGCACAGCCGUGAUUGUAGUGUGCAAAGACGGCAUCAAAAGAUUAUUGAGGAAGGGCCUAUCACGAUUGCACCUCCGGAAACAGUGAAGCGAUUGGAACAAGGAGCCUGCCGGCUUGCUAAGUGUGUCAACUAUAUUGGAGCCGCUACCGUGGAGUAUUUGUACAGCAUGGAGACCGGAGAAUUUUACUUUUUGGAGCUUAAUCCUCGUCUUCAGGUAGAGCACCCUGUCACCGAGUGGAUUGCUGAAUUCAACUUGCCAGCAGCUCAACUCGGUGUUGCCAUGGGCAUUCCACUGUGGCGCAUGCCAGAAAUUCGCCGUCUUUUUGGUCAAGGAGGUGGUAGCCACGAUUCUUGGAGGACGGUUGCACAAGAAGCAGUUCAGUUCGAUUUGUCUGAAGUUGAUUCUCAGAAACCUAAGGGUCAUGUUGUAGCUGUGCGAGUCACAAGUGAAGACCCUGAUGAUGGCUUUAAGCCUACCAGUGGCCAAGUGCAGGAACUCAGUUUUAGGAGUAAACCCAAUGUUUGGGCUUAUUUUUCAGUCAAGUCUGGAGGUGGCAUUCACGAAUUUUCUGAUUCUCAAUUCGGUCAUGUUUUUGCUUUUGGAGAAACACGAGCAAUGGCCAUUGCCAACAUGGUGCUGGGGCUCAAGGAGCUUCACAUACGAGGAGAGAUUCGCACCAAUGUUGACUACACUGUUGAUAUCCUCCAUGCGCCUGAAUAUAAAGAGAAUAGGAUUCACACAGGGUGGUUGGAUAGCCGAAUUGCUAUGAGAGUGCGAGCAGAACGGCCUCCUUGGGAAAUAUCUGUCGUGGGCGGUGCUCUAUAUAAAGCAAGCAGACUAAUUGCAGCUCGUGUAACUGAGUACAUUGGAUACUUGGAGAAGGGACAAAUUCCACCUAAGAAUAUUUCCCUUGUCAAUUUAAAUAUUUCUCUGAAUAUUGAGGGGUCCAAGUACAAUUUGGAGUUGACUAAAGGAGGGCCAGGUAGCUAUCUGCUUCGGAUGAACGAUUCUGCAGUGUAUGCUGAAGCGCACACUCUUCGAGAUGGAGGUCUUCUUGUUCAGCUCGAUGGAAACAGUCACGUGGUCUAUGCAGAAGAAGAGGCAGCUGGUACUCGCUUACUUAUCGAUGGACGCACAUGCCUUUUGCAGAAUGAUCACGACCCAUCGCGGCUAAUUGCUGAAACGCCUUGUAAGUUGAUGCGUUUUCUAGUACCAGAUGGCAGCCAUGUAGAUGCCGAUACUCCAUAUGCAGAGGUGGAGGUCAUGAAGAUGUGCAUGCCCCUUAUGAGCCCCGCAGCUGGAACUAUCAAAUUUAGAUUGACGGAGGGUUCAGCUAUGUUGGGUGGGGAUCUCAUAGCCUCAUUGGAACUUGACGACCCCUCAGCUGUAAGGAAGGCUCAGCCUUUUGAGGGCGGCUUUCCACCCUUGGGACUUCCCACUGCCGUUGCCGCUAAAGUUCAUCAACGCUGCGCUGACGCCCUCGAGGCUGCGCGGAACAUCUUAGCUGGUUACGAGCAUGAUCUCGAUGAGGUGGUGAAGACGUUGCUCAGCUGUUUGGAUGAUCCACAGUUGCCCUUACUGCAAUGGCAGGAAUGCAUGGCUGUUCUUGCAACUCGUCUCCCUAAGGAUUUGAAAUCACAGCUUGAUGCAAAAUUCCGUGAAUAUGAGAGCAGUUUCCAGCAGGAUGGAGAGGGAGCGGACUUCCCAGCCAAGGCUCUCACUGGAAUCAUCGAGACGUUCUUGGCGAAAUCCCCUGAGAAGGACCGAGUGACUCUAGAUCGCCUUGUGGAGCCUCUAUUACUUUUGACUAGAUCUUACGAGGGCGGAAGAGAAGGACAUGCUUGUAGCGUUGUUCAAACCCUCUUUAACGGGUAUCUUCAUGUCGAAGAACUUUUUAAUGAGAAUGCGCAGGCUGAUGUUAUUGAAGGAUUGCGGCAGCAACAUAAGAAAGACCUAUCGAAGGUUGUUGAUAUUGUGUUGUCGCACCAGGGUGUUAAGAUGAAAAAUCAGCUCAUCUUAAGACUGAUGGGAGCCCUAGUGUACCCAAAUCCUGCUGCCUACCGUGACCAACUCAUCCGCUUUGCAGAUCUUAAUCAUAGUAACUACUCUGAGCUGGCUUUGCGGGCUAGUCAACUUCUUGAGCAAACAAAACUAAGUGAGCUGCGGUCCAACAUAGCUCGAAACUUGUCUGAAUUGGAGAUGUUUACUGAGGAUGGAGGGGAGGGUCACCACACUGGUAAGCGCCGAAGUGCCAUUCAGGAGCGUAUGGAGGCUCUGGUGGAUGCACCUUUACCUGUUGAAGAUGCCCUGGUGGCCUUGUUUGAUCACAGUGACCACACCUUGCAGCGCCGUGUCAUUGAGAGUUACAUUCGCAGGCUCUACCAGCCAUAUCUUGUGCCUGGCUCAGUGAGGAUGCAGUGGCACCGCUCCGGGUUGAUUGCAACCUGGCAGUUUUGGGAAGAGUAUCCUCCUCCGACCGCCGAGAAGCUUAGGACUGCAAAGGUAACAGAUGAUGACGAUAGUCGAGGUGUUCCAAGGUGGGGAGCUAUGGUAAUUCUCACAUCACUCCAGGUGCUCUCCAAUGCUGUUGGGGCUGCCCUGAAGGACGCAGAAAGCAUUCUUUCACCGACCACAAAAUCAUCUGCAGCUUCCCACCACAACAUUAUAGCUGGAAGCCCCCGUAGGAAUCGGUCAUUUGUCGGUGCUCCAAGUGGAUUCGGCAAUGUCCUACAUAUUGCUCUAGUUGGGAUCAACAAUCCAAUGAGUGCAUUCCAAGACAGUGGGGACGAGGACCAAAUCAAUGAACGAGUUGAGAAGCUGGCCAAGGCUCUGAAGGGUGAGAGCUUGGGCGCCAUGCUUCAAGUAUCUGGUGUGGGGGUGGUAAGCUGCAUCAUCCAACGUGAUGAAGGUCGCGCACCGACCCGCCAUUGCUUCCAGUGGUCUCAUGAGCACCAUUAUUUUGCUGAAGAGCCUCUUUUGCGACAUGUUGAACCACCACUGUCGAACCUUCUCGAGCUGGUCAAGCUGAAGGGAUUCGCAGGCAUGCAGUACGCACCAUCACGCAACCGACAGUGGUACAUUUAUAAUGCCACUGAAGGAAAGACCAGGACUCGUAGGAUGUUCUUGAGGGCUCUAAUUCGGCAACCCAAGGUUAAUGACGAGAGUGUUGGAGAGGAUACACGCGGGAUCACACUAGUCAAGGAUAGUAUCACCCAAUCUCUUCAAGGAGCUCUGGACGAGUUGGAAUUGGCUGUUCAUGAUACCAACGGCAAGGCUGACCAUAUCCAUCUGUAUCUCUGCAUACUCAGGGCGCAGGAGCUUGAUGACUUGAGGAAAGAGAAUGCCAGCGCUACUGACGAAGUUGAGAAAGUAGUACAUGCGUUGGAAGGUUUAGCUCACGAAGUAUAUUCAAAACUGAGGGCACGGAUGCACCGCCUUGCAAUUGCUGGUUGGGAAAUCCGUGUUCGCCUGAAAGAGCUUCAGGCAGCUAAUGGCGCAUGGCGCGUUGUGGUUUCCAAUCCUACUGGCCAUACCUGCAUUAUCCAGGUGUAUAGAGAAGCACAGGAUAAAGAUACGGGUAAGGUGGUGUACUGCUCGCCCUUCGCUUCUAUGCCGGGCUCGCUGCAUGGUGUGCCACUAUCCACUCAGUACAAGUCCUUGGAUAUCAUUGAUCAGAAGCGCCUAGCAGCAAGGCGCCAAAACACAACUUACUGCUAUGACUUCCCCCUGGUAUUUGAGACAGUUCUGCACAAUAGUUGGGCAGAGGCUGCGGAGGUUGCAGUUAAAGUGAAAGAAUCUGAACCAAUUUUCAAGGCUACAGAGCUUGUGCUGGCGGAUUCUAACGGAGGCUGGGAUACUGAACUCGUGGAAUCUGACCGUCUCUCUUCACGGAACAACGUGGGUAUGGUUGGAUGGUUGAUGCACAUGCGCACACCCGAAUUCCCCGAUGGACGGAAAGUGUUGAUUGUCUCCAACGAUGUGACCUUCAGUGCAGGCUCGUUCGGGACCAAGGAGGAUAUGUACUUCAAAGCUAUGACGGAUUUAGCGUGUCGUGAGAAGCUCCCUCUAAUCUAUCUUGCGGCCAACUCAGGUGCCCGCAUUGGCGUGGCCGAAGAAGUUCGUGCCUGCUUUCGCAUCGGCUGGUCUGAAGAAUCGUCUCCUGAUCGUGGUUUCAAGUACUUAUACCUGCGUCCAGAAGAUUACGAGCGCAUGUCGUCCUCUGUCAUUGCCCACGAACUGAGACUUGACUCGGGCGAAGUGAGAUGGGUGAUCGAGGAUGUGAUUGGGAAGGAUGAUGGACUUGGAGUAGAGAACCUUUCAGGCAGUGGUGCAAUUGCUGGAGCAUUCUCCAAAGCUUACCGUGAGACUUUUACACUGACUUACGUGUCAGGGCGAACUGUAGGAAUUGGUGCUUACCUAGCUCGCCUUGGUAUGCGGUGUAUUCAGCGGCUUGAUCAGCCCAUCAUUCUGACUGGCUUCUCAGCACUGAAUAAGUUGCUUGGCAGAGAAGUCUACAGCUCCCACAUGCAGCUGGGAGGGCCUAAGGUGAUGGCUGUCAAUGGUGUUGUGCACCUUACGGUCGCUGACGACCUUGAAGGAGUUUCUGCAAUCUUGAAGUGGCUGAGCUAUGUGCCCUCUCAUGUGGGUGGCCCUCUUCCUUGUCUGCAAUCUGCAGAUCCACCUGAAAGACCAGUGGAGUAUUGUCCAGAAACCUCAUGCGACCCCCGCGCUGCAAUUCGUGGAUUAGACAGUAAUGGGAAGUGGCUGGGUGGUAUCUUUGACAAAGGAAGCUUUACCGAGACUCUCGAAGGCUGGGCACAAACUGUUGUUACCGGGCGCGCCAGGUUAGGUGGUAUCCCAGUGGGAAUAGUAGCAGUAGAGACGCAGACAGUGAUGCAAAAGAUUCCAGCCGAUCCCGGGCAGCUUGAUUCCCAUGAGCGCGUUGUACCGCAAGCUGGCCAGGUUUGGUUCCCUGAUUCUGCUCAGAAGACAGCACAAGCAUUGAUCGAUUUUAACAAGGAAGGCCUGCCCCUUUUUAUCCUCGCAAAUUGGCGAGGAUUCUCUGGCGGGCAGCGUGAUCUCUUCGAAGGCAUCCUGCAGGCCGGGUCUAUGAUCGUGGAGCACCUGCGCGUGUAUCAGCAGCCAGUGUUCGUGUUUAUUCCCAAGACUGGUGAGCUUCGUGGUGGAGCGUGGGUGGUGGUGGACAGCAAAAUCAACUCUGACAAGGUGGAGAUGUACGCCGAGAAGACAGCCAGGGGAGGAGUCUUGGAGCCCGAAGGUAUGGUUGAGAUCAAGUUCCGGAUGCGGGAGCUCUUGGAGUGCAUGCACCGCAUUGACCCUCAGCUCAUAGCUUUGCGGCAGGAAUUGCAGCAGCUUAAGGGUACAGCACCCAUUGCUGCAUCAGAUAGGAUCCAGCAACAAAUCAAAGCCCGGGAGAAGGCACUGACUCCUGUGUACAAGCAGAUUGCAAUCAAAUUUGCAGAGCUUCACGAUACUCCUAACCGGAUGGCCGCAAAGGGGGUCAUCAAGAAGGUUGUGGAUUGGACCGAAUCUCGAAAUUUCUUCUUCCAGCGUUUGAAGAGGAGACUUGCAGAGGAAAGCCUGAUUCGGCAGCUUCAAGCCGCUGGCGGUCAGGAGUUCAGCCAUUCUGCAGCCUUGGCAUUGAUCAAAGACAUCUUCUCGACUACAUCAGCAACUGGUACCCGGGAAUGGACAGAUGACACACAAUUCUUGGCAUGGAGCAAACAGCCAACAGGUUUGGAAGAGCACUUGCAGAAGCUCCAUGCAAAGCACGUUGAGAAGGAGUUAGUGGCCCUGGGAUCCUCAACUGCAGCACUGAAGGCCCUCCCUCAGGGUUUGGACGCACUGCUGCGCUCGGUGGAUGCAUCCACAAGAUCCCAGUUGGUGGAGGAGCUCAAGCGGGCCCUGGAUUCUUUGUCGAAUUGACAAAUGCCAUUGUUUAUACUUCUAUCAGAUGUUAUUUGAUUUCGUAUAUAAUACUCGUUAUUGCUCAUUAGUACUUUUAUUGCCCUUAGCGAGCACCAUCAUUUUUGGAGAUAUUUAGACGCUUCCUCUGAAGAGCGAAGAAAUAAUAUAGUUGAUGAGAGCUAUUGUUGCAGAUUAGAAGAAAUUCUUGAGACUCUGGUUUAACGUCUUUAGAGGAAGAGCCCAUAAACUUGUACCAUUAUUCAUUUUUUCACUUUCUAAUGCACGCUUACUUGAAGUUAACCAACUUUAGCAGAA